UAACGCCACUCGCGCGCAUGCGCACUGCGCGAAUCUCGCAGGAAAUCGCACGUAUGCACGAGAGCUCCUUGAAUUCGUUUUGUUGCAACAAUCGAUUCCGGCGUUCCUGGCGCAUACGAUCGAAAAUUCGUCGCGCGUUUCUCUACCUCCUUCUUUUUUCUCGUUGAUGAGUCCGACGCUACGUCGCGUCGAUCAUCCGCACCGACUCGAGAACGCUCGGUGUAAACGCGCGCGUAGAAAUACAAUCCUAACCUCGUUUUUAAGCAAGCAAAAGAGAGAAAGAGAAAGAAACGUCCCUCGAUCUUGAUUUCAACGCAACGUUAUGUCUUCGGCCGUUGUUGGACUCCCUGUCACCGUCGAGUUCGGGGGUGGGGCGGAAAUGCUGUUCAGUGGGAAGAAGCGGCAUGAGGUGGACUUACCCGGCGAGGAAUGUAAGCAACUCCUCAGAGCUCCUUACGUGUUUUAAGUUCGCGAGUCCGUCCUUCCUCUUAACCACAAAUCAAUUUGAUUCCGCAGGGACGCUGAAGCGACUGCUGUCCUGGCUGCGGGAUAACCUUUUAACGGAACGACCAGAACUCUUCAUGCAGGGCGAUACUGUGAGGCCGGGCAUUCUGGUUCUGGUGAACGAUGCCGACUGGGAAUUGUUGGGUGAAGGCGAUUAUAAACUGUGCCCGCGGGACAGGGUGCUCUUCAUCUCGACGCUACACGGAGGAUAGAGGGUACAAAUUUCCAAUAUCGAAAAUCGACGACGAUAAGUAUGGUUACUGAUGCACGGAGAAGUACAAUUACCAGAUUGCAUCGUAGAAGAUGCGAGUCGAGUUGCACCAUUGAAAAUGAGAGCAAUCUCGGUUCUUUGCACGUUUUCACGAGGUAAAGCAGCAGCAGCAGCAGCAGCAGCAGCAGUAGCAGCAGCAGGGAAAACAGAGAUGGGAGCUGGGAAAGGGUGCGCUUUUGGGGACGGGAUUAACCUUCUCGCAUCUCGAGGUAAUACCUGCCUAUUACUUCCUCCUCUCGCAACAACGACGACGAGGAGAUUCGCGUGGCCAGGUCGGCUUGCACCGAGAAAGGAACGGCUGAGCGGGCUAAAGGACGACAAAAUUGAAUUCUGCUGCUGCGUCUCGAGGAAAGUGCGGACGUAAGGAGAACGUGCCACUCCCGCGAGUAAUUGACGCUGAUUAAAAUUCCAUGGAGAAGAGCCGCCCGCCCACGCGCGCUUACCCACCCCUCCUCCACCUCCCCUUUCUCCAUAACGUAUUGAGCCGGAAAAGCCGACGCCCGUCCACUCUUCGAAACACAAUUACGCUCCCCCUUCCAACGAGAUCUUCGUUUCGCGUUUUCUUCCCCGUGCCGUACAUCGUACUUUGCCACGACAUGUUACCGUGUCUUGGGGGAUUCAUUAGUAGGGAUUUAUGGACUGAGUCAUUUCCCAUUUGUGAUUUCAUUGUUGUGGCUUUCUCGUGGCGUUAUCGACUUCUUCCCCUGCCGAUCCGGCAUUAGUUCUAAUGAGCGUUAAUGAUGAACCUGGACCUGAUCUUUGGAGAACGAAAAAAUAUGAGACGCGGUGAAUAUCGAAAGAUAUAAAUAUGAAUAACGCGGGCGACAAAAUCUAUCCAUCGACUAUCCAUCAUUUAGAUCUAUCCAUCAUUUAUUGUACGGUGCAUUUGUUGACUAUCGAGGACAUUAUUCAUAUUUGCCAAAUUUGAAUGGCAUGCCGCUGGCCUUGCGAUUAAUUGCUGAUAUUGUUUAGCUCUAUUGAUUCGCCGUCGUUAAAUCUGUUCAUCUAACACCGUCCAGAGAGAACACGUGACGUUACAUAAUCGUCAGAUCACGUAUUCUCCAAUUAAUGACGUUUUGUUAGAUAUGCCCGGUGCCGUUUAUCUUGAGCUAUUCCGUGCCAUAUGUGUGUAUCAAUAAAUAUGAUAAUUGGGCCGCCUAAUAGAUGGCUAGAUUCAUGCAGAACUCAUACGCUUCCCAUUGUUAGUUUAAAAUUAUCGAAUUGUACAUCUGAAAUAUAUCUUCUAAAAUAACUAGUAUCUUCUAAAAUAAUCAUUAAU